UCAUUCUGCUGUGAGCUCACUCUAUCACUGCUCUGCAGGCUGAGUCUGCAGACUUGGAGCUGUAGGAAAAUUACAGUCAGAUCAAACACUUCAAUUGCUUUCAGAUAAAUUUUAUCAAUAGAAGCCGCUUCAGGGAACAAUCAAGAACGUGAUCAUGGGAAAAUCAGCUUCCAAACAGUUUGCUGAAGAGGUCUUAAAAGCCCACAAUGACUACAGGAAGAAGCAUGGAGUUCCCCCACUAAAGAUUUGCAAGAAGUUAAACACUGGAGCACAACAGUAUGCAGAAAAACUGGCUAGCACAAGGGUCCUCCAACACAGCCCUGAGUCAGCAAAUGGAAAAUGUGGAGAAAAUCUAGCGUGGGCUUCGUAUGAUCAGCCAGGAAACGAAGUAGCUGAAAGAUGGUACAAUGAAAUAAAAAAUUACAACUUUCAAAACCCGGGGUUUUCUUCUGGGACAGGUCACUUUACAGCAAUGGUUUGGAAGGACACAAAGAAGAUGGGAGUUGGAAAAGCCUCAGCAAAUGAUGGCUCCACAUUUGUAGUGGCCAGAUACGAUCCACCUGGAAAUGUAGUAAAUCCAGGUUUCUAUGAAAAAAAUGUUCUUCCUCCAAAGAAAUAAUAAAAAGGUUUUUGUCAGUUAAUAAAAAAAUUACUUGUGGACUGAAGAUAUCUUCAAAAUUAAAUAAAAUCAAGUGAUAUUCCAUGUUUGAUACUACCAGUCACUACAAGGCAAUAACAGUGCUACUUGAAUGAGUCUGUACAGUACAUCUAUAGAGCUUCUGAGAUGUGCAUAUGCCAUCUCCAAAAUUUUUAUUAUGCCAAACAUAAAAUCAUAGAAGAUUUGGGUUGGAAGAGAUCUCAAGAAGUCAUCUAGUCCAAACCUGUUCUCUAUGCGGGGCCAACCCCAAUUAAAUCAUCCUAACCAGGGUUUUGUCAUGUAAAGGGCAAGAAUUUAUGUGGAUUUUUAAUAUUUUGUGUAAACUGUGUGUGGCUUUUUUUUUCAUGUAAACAAGUUUGUAACUCUUAAACUAAAAAUACCACCUUGUAAUUAUCAGUCACUGCAUUCUAGUUUUCCAAUAUUUUUUAAUCCGUACAUGUUAUUGUUUUAGGAUCCAAUCCUGCAGUCUUGACACAUUCAAUACUCCCUUAGACUUCAGUAGGAAAUAACAUAUAGUAAGGGCAGUGGGACCAGAUCCAUAAAUGUGUGUCAAGAGAAAAAUCUUUUUAAUGCCAUCCAAAAUACGACAGGUAAAAAAACCACACAAAGCAAUCAGCUCUGUAAUUAAUGUCUGAUACAAAAGUUGCCAAUGAUGUUUAUAUUCAAUUGGCGGAUUUUAAAUAGUAGCUAAAAUACAUUUUCAAACUGACUAUAUUUCCAAUUCAAAUUCUCCCUUAAAUUUACAGUACUUAUGUUGCUUUAUCAUAAUGUACCUCAAAUUGGAGAUUAGUAUUAAGUGCACAUGUCCUGUUGGUUUCAGUACAAAAAGAACCCCAACGUGUCCCCCUUUUUUCUCUAGCUUCUUGCACUGUCUCUCUCUGACUCACUAAAUGUAGCCAGCAAGUUGCCAUUUUAGGCCUAAUCUAAGGAACUACUAGUUGACUUAUCAAAAUGUGCUAAACUCUCUUCAAGCCUGUACGUGGGGAUGGUGUGUGCGUGAGAGGUGUAAAAGCACACCCCAUGGGCUCCCAAGUAAGCAUGUUCCGGCUGAACAGGGGAAGGCAGGAGCAGUGCACUGCCCAAGCCUCUGUCCCCCAUGCUCUGGUCACCUGGGGGAAGGCUGGGGCUGAUUUCCCUGCUUACUUAGGGCAGGUCAAAGGGAGUGCAUUCACACCCUGUGGUCCACAUUUACAAAAAAAGCACCCUUCCCCCCCCCCCCCAGAAAUUCCUGCGUACGGGCCUGCUUUUAGAUAUCUAUUGCCUGACCUUAUGCAGGACACUGCCUAGUGGCCUCAUGAGCCCAUGCAGAUAUAAUUCUUAGUACUGGGGCCCCAGAAGAAGAACUUCACUGAAGCAUCUUAGAUUUUGCAGUUUUUUUAAUGAACUAAUUUUUGCUUCUAAAUGAAUAUCAGGUAUAGGCAUUGUACUAGAAGAUCAGUAAUGUUCCAGAAUCUUAUUCUGUUAUCUCCUAGCAAACUCCUGUGGUGUGGCAUUGGGUAUAAAUGAUGCAACUUUGGUCUGCAGAUUUUGAAUUUGCACCUUGAAAUAAUAAUAAAAUAAUAGUUUCCUAUGCAGGAUGGAUGUAUUUAAACCACUCAGUGUAUUCAUGUUGUGUAUGACUGUGCUUCGUAAGUAUUCCUUUUGACUUCAGUGAGAUUCUGUGGGUCUGAAUUUGGCCCACAGAGAAUACCAGUAUUGAAAGGCUUUUUGCUUAUACAAUUGUGGUGUAUGACAAUGUUAUGGCUUAGUUAUGUAGUACUGCAUUUUACAUUACUUUUUCUGUAACCCAUGAAUUUUACACUGAAAAUGAAAAUAAAUAUUUUCUUACAAAUUACGUGUAGGUAAUUUAGACUAGUAGUUUCAGUCAAUUACUUCAGUCUGUAUUAACUAAUCCAGAAGCUCUAUUUGCAGAAUGUUUCAGAAUUAAUAUUAUUAUAACUUUUGCAAUGCAGAGCACAGGAAGAGUAUGUGUUUUGAUCCAGUAAAGAAAGACGUGUGGGGUGAACCCCCACCCAACAAGCUGUAAAUUAUAUACAUUACAAGUAUGGCAUACCCUGUAUAUAAGGUUUGAAUUAACACGUGCUCCCAAAUGAGUGCAAGGUGGCACACACAUCAGAAGCAGGCAUUACAAUGUUUUUAUCUAUUUAUUUAUUUUAAUAUCAUACAUUGGCCCUGAUUUUGGCAAAUUUUUACAUACAGUGUUUGUAAGUUGCAGACUUUGUGUCCAAGAACUCAGUCUGAGAAAUGCUUGAACCAAGCAACUCUAACAAGGCUAAUAUCUGUACAACACACUAUCCUCUCGAGAGGUGAAAAUGGAACAACUGUAACAAAAU